AUGCGGAGGCCACAGCCCGGGCAGCUGGCUGACCCCUGCCGUCAUUUCCUCCGGAGAACAAUGGCUCGCCAACGCAGCGCGCGGGGCCGCCAACCUCUUACCUCCCCCGGGAGCGUCAGCUCCUCCCGAGACUCCAGUGUGCCCGGCUCUCCCUCCAGCAUCGUGGCCAAGAUGGACAACCAGGUGCUGGGCUACAAGGACUUGGCUGCCAUCCCCAAAGACAAGGCCAUUCUGGACAUCGAGCGGCCCGACCUCAUGAUCUACGAGCCCCACUUCACCUACUCCCUUCUUGAACACGUGGAGCUGCCCAGGAGCCGGGAGCGCUCACUGUCCCCCAAAUCCACAUCCCCCCCACCCUCCCCAGAGGUGUGGGCGGACAGCCGGACCCCUGGAAUCAUCUCUCAGGUGUCAACCCCAAGAACCACAGGAACCCCCAGGACCAGCCUGCCCCAUUUCCACCAUCCCGAGACUACCCGCCCAGACUCCAACAUCUACAAGAAGCCUCCCAUCUAUAAGCAGAGAGAGUCCAUGGGAGGCAGCCCGCAGAGCAAGCACCUCAUCGAGGACCUCAUCAUCGAGUCGUCCAAGUUCCCCGCAGCACAGCCCCCGGAUCCCAACCAGCCGGCCAAGAUCGAAACCGACUACUGGCCAUGUCCCCCUUCGCUGGCUGUAGUGGAGACCGAAUGGAGGAAGCGGAAAGCAUCUCGCAAGGGGGCAGAAGAAGAGGAGGAGGAAGAAGAUGAUGACUCAGAAGAGGAGAUUAAGGCGAUCAGGGAGCGUCAGAAGGAGGAACUCAGUAAGGUUACUUCCAACUUGGGAAAGAUGAUCUUAAAAGAAGAGAUGGAGAAGUCAUUGCCCAUCCGGAGGAAAACCCGCUCCCUGCCUGACAGGACACCCUUCCACACCUCUUUGCACCCAGGAACAUCGAAGUCAUCUUCUCUUCCCUCCUAUGGCAGGACCACCCUGAGCCGGCUACAGUCCACAGACUUCAGCCCAUCGGGGAGUGAGGCAGGAAGCCCAGGCCUGCAGAACGGAGAGGGCCAGAGGGGGAGGAUGGACCGGGGGAACUCCCUGCCCUGUGUGCUGGAGCAGAAGAUCUAUCCCUAUGAAAUGCUGGUGGUGACCAACAAGGGACGAACCAAGUUGCCCCCAGGGGUGGAUCGGAUGAGGCUUGAGAGACACCUGUCCGCCGAGGACUUCUCCAGGGUCUUCGCCAUGUCUCCAGAAGAGUUCAGCAAGCUGGCCCUGUGGAAGCGGAACGAGCUCAAGAAGAAGGCCGCGCUCUUCUGACUGUCCCCGCCACCCUCUUGGUGACAGUCCCUCUCUGUCGCUCGGGGCUCUGGGCAUCCUCUUCCCCAGGGGGCUGGGAGCGGUGGGCGGUAGGAGCAGUGAGAAGUAGGGCAGAGCUCCCUGCUGAGGGAGAAGGGGAGCCAAGACCCCUGGAACCCCGCAAUGGCCAGGGGCUUCCUCCGCUCCUCCCAGGUCCCCACGGCCUCACUCAACCCAGCCUGGACUCCGGCACACACCGAGUUAAUGUCUGCCCCCUCUCCCUGCCUGUACUCCUCCACGUGACGAGGGUGAGGGGCACGAAGGGGACACUUGUGGUCAGGCCGUCAGCUGUCCUGUACACAGGUGGACCGGCUGUGGGACCCUGUGUCUCCCUGCCACGUGGACCCCCUCCACUCCUUUCCGGAAGCCCCUGUACCUGAGCUUCCUGUUCCUCUGACUGGCAGGGGCGGGUUCCAGCUGGGCCUCCAUUAGGAGGCCAUCCUCCCUCCAGCUUGCCCUGUCCUCUACUUGUGACCCCAAGCUUCAAUGCCACCCUUGCUCUACCUCCAGGGCUCCCCCAAAAGCCUUGGCUAAGAGUGGAGAUGCUGCCUAUACAAUGUCUAGCUACCACCAGCCUCCUGCCAAAGCCGGCUAGGAUGCCUCCGUCUAGCGCCUGCCCAGGGACCACAGAGCCCAAGCCACGAGCCUCCCUUGGAUGGGGUGAAGAGGCCAGGCUUGGGACAUCUCUGAGAGGCCUAGCUCCCAGGGCUCCACCUUUUCCCAUGCACCCCCCCAUCUAAGCUGUCUACAGAAUGUAAUUUAUUGGGGCACCCCCCCUGCAGCUUUCCUUGCCCAAUCCUACCCUACCUACUCACUCCCAGCUCUCCUCUUCACAUACGUAUGUUUAUAUAAUUAUAUAUAUAUUUUUUGCCCAGCUCUGGGUUUUGCUCCUGCCCAGACCUUGGCAUUCCCUUUCCACUGUGUGUGUGAGAUCAUGUUGAGAGGACUCUGCUUGGAAUUAAAAGGUUGC